AUAAAGUUGUCAUAAUUAUCAUAAUUUUUAAAUCGGUUUAUAAAUACAAAAAUUGAAUAGGUUCUUGGCCAAAUCAUGUAUUUAACAAUUAUGCUUCCAUGAUUAUGCCACGUCAUCUUGGUAGGGCAAAAUCUCCCGCCCAUUUUGGCCACGCGCACUCUCUUCUCUCUGCUCUAAAAUGGCUGAUGUACCGACCCACCUAUCUAUAAACGGGGCAAAAAAAGAAAAAGACCCGACCGGGAAAAAUGUCGAGUGAGGCGAAGGAAAGGGAAGGAUUUAGCAGCAGCACAACCCCAGCUUCACUAACCAAAAUCUUGAUCCGUUCCCUGUCGCGUCUUAAUUCAAGAACCCCAUCCAACACUAUCCCUCUUUCUUCUUUGUCUCUUAAUUCCGUUUGGUUACAUGACUGGUGGCUCGUUAAGGUAGAAGGGAAUGGCUUAGCUGUUUCUGGGUUUACUUCAAGAGAAGGAGUAGGGACAAGAUUAUUUUGUUCAGCAGCAAUUGUCAAAAGACAUUAUACUACCAUUCUUGAGGCGAAAGACGGCAUCACAGUUACACUUAGUGGAUUCAUAAAUCGAGAUCGAGCUCAUGAAAAUGGGUUUUCAUUUCAGAUUUGUGACCGUUUCCAACUGGGGUUUCCAUAUUCCUGGGAAGAAAUUGCUGCUAAAUUGCGCGGUGAAGAGUCUGCUAAUGGAGGGAGUCCUAGGGGAAAAUCUGGAUUGGUGGAGCUCAACACGUCUUCUGGCAUCAGCACAAACACUGCUUCGGUGUCCUUUGAUGAUAUCCCAGUUACAAGAAUCCGUGAUAUUCUAAUGCACCCUCUUGGAGAUCCCAAAGAUUGUGCACUUGAAGACAUACUAGGAUCAUUCUGCAGCAACACCAUGGAACACACUCCCAUGUUAACUGAUCCAUUCUCAAAUAGCAAGAGUCCAGUCACAGUGGCAAGGAAAAAGAAGAGGACCAAGGCUGACCAGAAGCACAGAGAUGGGGGUAAAAUCACACAUACAGAUGAUACAGUAAUGGGGGAGUGCAUUACCCCAAGAAGAGGAGUUGUCACAAGAAGCAUGUCUAGAUUGAGGAAUCUUGCAAAAAACAACCCAGGAUAGAUUUUGUUAAACUCUUCCAUUGAGAGUAAAGAUGAUGCUUUUCUUUCAACAUCAGAGGCUGCUCCGAACUGGCUCGGAGGGAUGUGUGCUAGGAAAGAUAGUUGUGCAAACAUAUCUAGAUGGAUGAAUGAUGAGAAAAUGCAGGAAGAAAAUCUCCCAUCAAAAACUACUGUCUCUUGCAAAGAAUUCAGAAACAGCCGAGAAAGAUAAUUGUGCUAUCGUGUGUAGAUUGGUGAAUCGUAGAACAAGAAGGAAGAAAAUCUGUCAUCAAAGUCCACUGUCUCCUGCAAAGAAUUCCAAGAACCCCAGAAAAGGCUCUUCCAUCAAGAGUGAAGACGAUGCUUUUCUUUCAACAUUAGAAGCCACUGAUGUAGAACUGCUGGCAAAGAUAGUCGAGCCGCCAUCAUCCAAGGAAGUCCCUGAUAUAUAUAUAGUCAAAUAUCCAGAAGGAUUACUGGAAAGCCAGAAUUCCGAAACAGAAUCUAGUACUGCUGGGAUCUUCAUGCCUAAUGGAGUUGUUCUUGCAGAAACUGAUGAUAACUCAUUUGGCAGUCAAUGUGUGAUAUUUACAGGUUUUUGGGGCUACAACCUUUUCAAUACGGGCAUUACAAGCUAAGUUCUCAUUCAGAAUAGAACUCAACAAAUUCCAGAGUUUGUUCAUAUGUCGGAUGAUAGAAUGCCCAUGACUUUCUUAAUCCUUCCAUUCUAACACAGGAUAUACCUUAAAUUCGACCACUAUAUGCAGGUGAUUAACACGGGUACACCUUGCAUUCGCCGUUGGACCUGGGGUUUGUUUAUGCCUGGAAUAGUCCUGGAGACGAAUGCAAACAGAGCUCUCCAUUUCUAGUAGUAGAAUUUCUUUUUUUACCAUUCACGAUGCAUCCAUGCAUGCAAAGACAGUUUCUAUUUUUUUCCUGGCUUUGUGUGCAUAAAAGAAAAUCAUCCCAGAGGAGAAUGACCAACACAGUCAAGAUUCAGGAAGAUCGUGGAAUCAUCAGGGUUGGUGGCAAUUUAAUUUCUGUGCUAAUUAAUCGUUCACUUCCUGGGGCAGCAUAACGUCAUAACAAGAUCGGUUCAACUACAUGAUUUGAUUCAUUUGUAAGGACUUGCGUUCUUUCUCUUUUGUACUAAUUAUGCAAUGACAGAUGAAUGGGAAACAACCACAGAAUACUAAAAGAAUAAGCUAUUAUCAAAUGAAAUUGAAUAGAUGGUCACUCAUACAGAACCCCUGUAUCUUACAGUGACUUGCAAAUCGUACUA